UACUAUUUCCAGAAACGGCGGCGAAUUUGAAUUUUUAAAUCGCAAUGUAAUUUAUAUUCCUUUUUCGUGACUGUAUUUUUUAUGUAUUAUAUUUUUAACAUUAAGAGCAAUCGGAAAGAGAUUUACAUGAUCUGCAUUUCUCAUUAUUAACCAAAAUAAUAGGGCUGUAGAUUGCUUGUCAGCCCUUUUAGAUCGCGAACAUUGGUGAACUUUCGCGUUAUGAAUUAUUACAGGUUUGCUGAAAAUGUCAAGUCCAUCGAUACAGAUAAAUUCCGGCUCUAGGAAAUGUAAAGCAUCCUACGAAUUAAUAUUAUUUCUAAUUUAUAUCACGUUCUAUUAAACGUAAUAAAAUUAAGUUAUUUGUAAAGAUACGUGGAACAGAAAUAUUUCCGAUGUAAUUUUAGCAUUUCAUCAAUAAAGUACAGAAUGACCGCUGUAGUAUUUUGAUGAUGAAUUUAACGAAUGGUCCUAUGGACUCGAUAAAAUAUGUGUAACAGAAAAAAGCUAAACAAGUUGCAUUAAUUUUAUGUAUUUUACUAAUACAGUGUACGCUGGUAGUACCUUUAGAAAAUAAAUGACGAUUAAAAAAAAAUUCUAUAAAGCUGUCUGUAACGAAGACGACUUAAAUAGUACACUGUAAUUUUUCAUUAUUAAAUGUGUAUAUAUAGUAACAGUUGCUUUGGUUUAAGGCAAAACACUAGCAUUCGUAUUUAAUUCCUAAUGAAGAAAACGGGGAUGGACCUAAAACGAAGAUAUUACUUGGGGCAGCAUCAGAUUGGCAGAAAAAUGUGCUUGCCAUCUGUAGAAGUACCACCAGUAAGCGACUCAGACCAGCACAGCCACUGUCAAGAGCAUUCUGUAAAUGAACGAAAUGAAGAGCAGAAGGGACCGGAACCUAAGCCUAGUGUUGAUCUUCGUUGGACUGGAGAUUCAUUACUUUCCUUAGAUGAGGAAAUCUUGCAAGCACUGGAUGCAGUUGAACCUCGUGACCCUCCUUUCCACCAAAGUCCAACCUGUUUUCCUUUUAAAAAACAGCAAGUAGUUAAUUCAUCUUCAGAACAUACAUCCUGUAGAAUUGUACCUGAAAACUUGGAGUGUUUAAAAAAGGCACAAAGAAAAAAUAGUCCCAAGUCUAGUGUGCAGUCUUUCUGUGAAAUUACAGGUACAACUCAUCAAAGGGUUCCACAUGUACCUAAAAAUAAAGACAUUCAAAACCAAGUUAUACCCUCUGAAGACCAUAAAUGCAUGUCUAAGAACCUUCUUGUUGGCAAUAAUGGAGAAAAUGAAAUGGUCUUUUCGGACUCGUCAAUGAGAAGAUCUUCUGUGCAAGAGCAGACAAAGACGCUUAAAAGGAAUAGGUCAAAAUCUACAUCAAGCCCUGAAUCUGCACCUUCUUCCAAGAAAACAAUGAUGCAUAAGUCAUCUUUAAAUGAAUCCAAGUCCAAAGGUGCAGUUACAAUGUGUAGAACGCGUAGAAAGAAUAUUGUAAAGAAAUCCUUUGAAGAUUCAUCAUAUUGUGAUAGUGGAUCACUGAAUAAUACAAAAGAUUACAUUCUUUUUAGUCCUACGCAUCUAGCUGCUGCUUUGCAGAAACAAAAGCUGCAGUUUGAGUCACAUCACCAUCGGCCAGAUUCUAAUCUGUCAUCUUCUGUAUUGACACCUCCUCCUGGGCUGGACUUAACUAUAAAUUCUAGCAAAUGGGAUACAACUUUAGCAUGUACAGAGGGGAGUAUUCACAUGGCUGUACCAGCUGAGCAAUCAGAGAAGUUGUUAUUGUCAAACUGGAGCCUUCCAAAGUCAGUCCUGCAGAAAUAUCAAAGUUACGGAGUUGUCAAAAUGUUUGAAUGGCAAGCAGAGUGUCUUACAAUGGGCCAGGUCCUAGAGGGGAAAAACAUAAUCUAUUCAGCUCCAACUAGUGCAGGAAAGACUCUUGUGGCAGAGCUGCUCAUUUUAAAGAGAGUUAUUGAAUCUCGGAAAAAGGCUUUGUUUAUCCUUCCCUUUGUUUCUGUGGCAAAAGAGAAAAUGUACUAUCUGCAGAAUUUGUUUCAGGAGGCAAAUGUGCGUGUGGAAGGUUACAUGGGUAGCAUGUCUCCAGCUGGGGGGUUUUCAUCAUGGGAUGUUGCUAUAUGCACAAUUGAAAAAGCAAAUGGCCUCAUUAACAGGUUAAUUGAAGAGAAUAAAAUGGAUCUCUUAGGAAUUGUUGUAGUUGAUGAGUUGCAUAUGCUGGGAGACGCAAGCCGUGGUUAUCUCUUGGAACUUUUACUAACUAAAAUACGUUAUGUUGUACAGAAGAAAUUAGCCAGGAAUUCUCAGUCAAGCACAUCUUCUCUUAAGGAAUAUGUACAAAUUGUUGGCAUGAGUGCUACAUUGCCUAAUUUGAAUUUAUUAGCUAAGUGGCUCAGUGCUGAGCUGUAUAGCACUGAUUAUCGUCCUGUACCUCUUCUGGAGAUGAUGAAGGUUGGAAAUACAAUUUAUGACAGCUCAAUGAAAGUAGUUAAAGAGUUUCAGCCUACUUUGAAAGUUAAGGGAGAUGAGGAUCACAUUGUCAGUCUUUGCUAUGAAACUGUUAGGGAUGGCCACUCUGUGCUCUUGUUUUGUCCUUCUAAAAACUGGUGUGAAAAAUUGGCAGACAGUAUUGCAAGAGAAUUUUAUAAUCUUCAACAACAAGCAUUUCAACCUGCAGAAGGAAUCACAGAUUUUGCUCAUCCUGUUGCUCUCGAUCAAGAGCAUCUAAAGGAUGUGGUAUCUCAGCUGAAACAUUCUCCUGCCGGCCUUGACUCUAUUUUCAGACGUACAGUGCCUUGGGGUGUAGCAUAUCAUCAUGCUGGACUUACUUUUGAAGAAAGGGAUAUUGUGGAAGGAGCUUUCCGCCAGGGCUACAUAAAGGUUCUGGCUGCUACAUCUACGCUUUCUUCAGGAGUAAACUUACCUGCCCGCAGGGUCAUCCUUCGUACUCCCGUUUUUAAUGGACGUUUACUUGAUGUUAUGACUUAUAAACAAAUGGCUGGCAGAGCUGGCCGUAAAGGUGUGGACACUAUGGGGGAGAGUCUCCUGGUUUGCAAGAGUUCUGAGAAGUCAAAAGGGGUUAGCCUGUUGCAAGGAUCACUUAAUCCAGUCCAUAGUUGUCUUAUUAAGCAGAAAGGAGAUGGAGUAACAACAAGUAUGCUUCGAGCAAUUCUUGAGAUAAUAGUUAGUGGAGUAGCUUCUACGCCAGAAGAUGUAAAAAUGUAUGCAUCUUGCACACUGCUGGCAGUUUCUUUAUCUGAAGAAAACAGCACAUCAAAUUCUGAAGUGGAAAUGACAACAAAAAGUGUUCGAGAAGGGGCAAUUGAAGCAUGCAUUGAAUGGCUUAUAGAAAAUGAAUUCAUCCAUCUCCAAGAAGGGGAAAAGGAAAACAAAAUUCUUUUUUAUCAUCCAACGCAGCUUGGUGCAGCUACUCUCUCCUCCUCCUUGUCUCCACCGGAAACCCUUAGUAUAUUUGCAGAUCUUCAGAGGGCAAUGAAAGGUUUUGUUUUAGAAUGUGACCUUCAUAUUUUGUAUCUGGUCACUCCAGUAUAUGAAGAAUGGACUUCAAUUGAUUGGUACCAGUUUUUUUGUUUGUGGGAACAUUUGCCAAGCUCCAUGAAGCGUGUUGCAGAAUUAGUAGGAAUUGAAGAAGGCUUUUUAGCUCGAUCUGUUCGAGGAAAAAUAAUAGCUAAAACAGAUAAACAGCGCAGACAAAUGGCCAUCCAUAAAAGAUUUUUCACAAGUUUGGUGUUGUUAGAUCUCAUAAGUGAAGUUCCCCUAGAGACAAUUACAAAGAAGUACAGUUGUACCAGGGGACAGCUUCAGUCACUGCAACAGUCGUCUGGCAUGUAUGCAGGUAUGGUGACAGUUUUCUGUAAUCGUCUAGGGUGGCAUAACAUGGAGUUACUUUUAUCACAGUUCCAGAGUCGACUUAACUUUGGCAUUCAGAGAGAGCUAUGUGACCUUGUUAGGAUUUCGCUUUUAAAUGCUCAAAGAGCAAGAGCACUCUACAAUGCAGGAUUCAUUACUGUUUCUGAGGUGGCCAGAGCAAGCAUUAUGGAUGUGGAAGCUGCAUUAAAAAAAGCAGUUCCAUUUAAAAGCAUUCGAAAGGCAAUAGACGAGAGUGAACCUGAGGUUGAGGAACGCAGGAAUUCUCACUGCAUUUGGGUCAGUGGGCAAAAGAGCCUAACAGAAAAAGAAGCAGCUCAUCUUAUAAUUGAUGAGGCAAUAAAGCUUCUGCAGCAAGAUCUGGCUCUGAUAGGUGUUCAGUGGAGCCCAAAUAUGCUCCACAGAGAAUCUGAGGCUGGAAAAUCCCAAGUGCCAGUUACACCAGGAAAUGCAAAAUUAGUUUCAUUGUUUUCAACAGAAGUCCAGCAUGGUUCAUUUUUAUCAUGUACAGUGAACAAAGACCAAGCAGAAAAACAUAAUCUGGUUAAGCAAAGCAGAACUGAAGUUAUUAACGACAGUUCACUAUUCAAAAAGUCAUCACUUACAGUUAAUAAAGAAUAUAAGGAUUCAGACACAGGUAUUGUAAAAGAAAUUAAAAAUGCCUGUAGUACAGCUCAUGUAUUGGCUCCAACAAUCAAAGGACGUUUUAACACUACAUCAGAUUCUGAAGGUAAAUUAAAAAAUAAUCAGAACCAUACCACAGGAGAUGCAAUGUCAGAGAUUAUAAGUGAUGUCAAAGAGCAAGAAUCCACUACGUUUCCAAAUAAAUUGUUGCCAGUGCCCUCUACUGCAAGCAUGAAGACUUCAAUUUCAGAUUGUGUUAGCCAAGAAAAAAGAUUAAAAAACAAAAAUGUGCCUGAGACCAAAAUGAAGAAUGGUGAAGCCACUUCAAAUGCAUCGCUAAUUCCAUCUGAUGGAAAUGUCUUCACUCUUCAACAUGAGAUACCAAGUGGAAUUUGUAAUGUUCAGAAUUGCAAGAGAACUAAUGGAAGUCAAAGUACAGCCUUGGAGAUUGGGCAUAUAUUAGAAGACAUUGAGAAACAACAAAACUGUAAGGGUUUGGUGACUUUAGAAGACAGAGAAUUCAUUUCUACGGCUUGUACAUCAAAAAUAAAAUAUCAACAGGAAAGUGGAGGUUCUGUAGAAGAGUUAGUUUUUAAAAGUGCAGAAAAAGCCAAUCAGACUAGAUCAGUGAAUUGCAGUUUCGAUAACAAAAAGACUUGCUGUCAGAAAAAGAAUGUUCUUUUUGCCCUAAAUAAAAAUAGCAAAGAAGAAGAGAAAACAAAAAUCAAUGAGUUAACAGCUCCAGUUCUAAUUUCACAAGCUCGAAUUGAUAAAGGAAAGCAAAACAAAUUUGAAAAUGGAUUAGUGAACAUUAAAAAUGAGCAAUGUCUAAACACUGGGGAAAGUUCAAUAAAAAAUUGUCAAACCAGCGAUGGAGCAGGAGACGUACAACAUUACCAUACUGGGGGAAAGAGUAUGUCACCUCCCCCACAAGAACCUAUAAAACAUUUAUCUCAUUUAGAUACUGUACACAGUCUUUCCCCUGACCUGUAUGUUGCAGAGCUGGAUAAUUUUGGGGAAAGCUUUCAGUUGGAUACCCAAACAGAACAAAUUAUUCUGCAACAAGAAUGCAAGAUUUUAGAACAAGGAAAAUUAAAUGUUAAGGAAUCCAAUUGUAAUGCAGCAUCUUCCUGCUCAAGUAAACAGAUAGAAGCAUUUGAUUUAGUUACUGAAAACGAAGAUAAAACCAACAUGGUAAAGCUAAAGUGUCUAAAAAACUCUAGCGUAGAAAAUAAUGAGUUUAACAAAAAUGUAAUUAAAAAUUUGUCAUCUGAGAAUCCGAGAGGAACUUCAGAUGUUUGUACAUAUAAUAUUUCUUUGUCUGAUACACAACUGGGAAACUGUCUGGAUUAUAGUGUUUGGGCCCUGUGUGAACCAGGUACGUCCUCUCUUCUUCCAAAUGAUAAGACAAAUGUGAACAAUGUUAAUGUCUUGCCAGCUGAUCAGCUAGUUAUGGAAGUUAGUGCUGAUAACAGUCUCAAUGGAAGUAGCAGCUUCUUAUUUGACAGUCUAUGUGAAAACCUUCAGGAUGUUUCCAUAGAACCAGCAAAUCAAGAAAACAAAACUCAGAACCAAGAUGAUUAUUUUAUACCAGCUACACAAGAAAAAUGUGAUCUACCAGCAGAUGUGCCACAGAGUCCCAAGCAAUGUACUGAAUCCUCAUUUAAUCUAUCAGACUUUGGUGAUUCAUUUCAAAUGGAUGAAGCUCCGUUUCUCAAAAGACUUAAUGCAGUUCUGAGCAGUGAUGAUGAAUUAACCUCAAGACAGAAUGAAGAAUUAGAACCCAUUGCAGUUAAAAGUUUGCCAAAUGAAAUACCUAGAUCUAAAGAUAAUAAUGAACAGAAUAAUUCAUUAGUUUCGUUUUGUUUAACUCCAGGCAUACAAGAGAUUCUUGACAGAUGGCAGAGUUUAGCAGGUGAAAAUACUGUAAGUAAUAAUGAAGUGUCACCAGAUCAUAUGUUAGCUGUGCUUUCAUCUGAUAAUGAUAUGGAAACAGUACAGAUCAACAAACAAAACAAAUGUGUUCAUCAGACUCCAACAAAUAACGUUCUUCCAACUGAAAAUAAAAAUUCUCCUUCUUUUAAUUCUCUUGAUGUCAGCAAAGAUUCUGAAUCAAGACCAAAUAGCUGUAAUGAGCUAAUCCCUCCAACUCCACCACAUAUGGCAGUUACUCCAAAAAACUUCUCUUCAAUUAAGUCCAGUAAAAGGAAAGAGAAUGUUUUAACCAAGUCUUGUGCAAAAGAAGAAGGUAAAGAUUACAAAAUGCUGCGUACAUCCAAGACAUGUAACAAUGAAGGAUUUUCCCUCAGAUUGUCUCUGGAAGCUUCCCCAGAAAAAUAUUUUCCCAGUAGUCCAGAAGCAUUUACCAUCAUAGAUGUAGCAAGCAAUUUGUCACUGUUUCACACUUUCAUCAAGGAGUGGAAAUCGAAAAAUAGGUUUUCAUUCUCACUUUCAUGUGAGAGAACUGAACAUGAUUUACCAAUUUCAUCUGCCAUAGGAGGAAAAUUUAAAGCAGAAUCUCGUGAGCAAUCACCAAAAAAGGAUGGUUGUCUUUAUCAAGGAAAUGAAAACUAUCUUGUCACUGGCUUUUCUGUAUGCUGGGGUGGAAAAGAUGCCUACUAUAUUUCUCUUCAAGAAGAGCAACAAAACACAGAUGUGAGUGCUAGUUUAGCCCCACCGCCACUGGACCAAAACUUGCCAGUUAAAGACCGACUUAAACAAAUACAGUCUGUGUUACAAAAUGGUUCAUCAGUGACAUCUGGAAAGUCAAUCAUAACUUAUGACUUUAAGGAACAGUAUAAAGUGCUUCUCGUGGCAUGUGGCCUCUCUUUAGAAGGAAAAUUUGAAGAUCCUAAGGUUGCCUGUUGGAUUUUGGACCCUGGAUCUAAAGAACGAACACUCCACAAUAUGGUUACAAACUACAUCCCACAAGAGCUGCGUUUGCUGGAGGGGAUUGGUCCCGGACAAGGAAUAAAGAGUUUGGGAAUGAUGACCAAAACAGAAUACUCUGGCCGCUUUAGAGCAUCCUUAGAAUCUGUGCUUACAUUUAGCAUUAUGAAUCAACUUAAUAUCUUGCUAGAGAAGGAGAAAAUGCAAGAUGUUUUCACUAAAGUGGAGAUGCCUAGCCAAUACUGCUUAGCUCUCCUUGAACUGAAUGGAAUUGGAUUCAGCACUGUAGAAUGUGAGUCACAGAAGCGUGUCAUGCAAGCCAAGUUGGGUGCUUUAGAGUCCGAGGCCUACCAUUUGGCUGGCCACAGCUUCUCACUUACUAGCCCAGAUGACAUUGCACAGGUCUUGUUUAUAGAACUGAAAUUGCCUCCAAAUGGAGAAACAAUUGGACAAACGCACAAGAAAACACUAGGAUACACAAGAAGAACAGCAGCAGGUGUCAAACCUGUCCGUUUGUCUAAGCAGUUUAGUACUACAAAGGAUGUUCUUCAAAAAUUGAAAGCUCUACACCCUCUACCAGGCUUGAUUUUGGAAUGGAGAAGAAUAACCAAUGCCCUGACCAAAGUGGUGUUUCCACUGCAGAGAGAGAAACACAUGAAUUCUAUACUAGGAAUGGAGAGAAUAUAUUCAAUCUCCCAGACUCAUACUGCAACAGGACGAGUGAGUUUCAUUGAACCCAAUAUUCAGAAUGUUCCAAAAGAUUUUGAAAUUAAAGUUGAAGCUUUAAUUGAGAAAGAGAGCUCGAGUGGAAACCGCAGAAAUUCUAACAGAUAUGUGAAACCAUUAAGUUGCCAUCAUCUUCCAUUGCAAGAUCAAAGCAAUAAAGAUCCACAAGAAAAAGGACAAUCUUUUUCGGUUAGCAUGAGGCACGCAUUUAUCCCUUUCACAGGUGGACUCAUACUGGCUGCAGAUUAUUCUCAGCUUGAGCUGCGCAUCCUAGCACAUUUAUCCAAAGACCGUAGGCUCAUCCAAGUACUAAACAGUGGUACAGAUGUUUUUAAGAGUAUUGCAGCUGAAUGGAAGAUGAUUGAUCCAGAGUCAGUAGAUGAUACACUAAGGCAACAGGCAAAGCAGAUUUGUUAUGGAAUAAUUUAUGGUAUGGGAGCUAAAUCACUUGGAGAACAGAUGGGUGUUGAUGAAGAAGAUGCAGCAUGCUACAUAGAAUCCUUUAAAUCUAGAUAUGCAGGAAUACAUAAAUUCUUGAAGGAAACCGUAAAGAACUGUGUCAAAAAUGGGUAUGUUCAGACUAUUCUUGGGAGGAAACGGUUUUUGCCAGCUAUCAAGGACCCAAAUAUCUAUGUAAAAGCUCAUGCCGAGCGUCAAGCCAUAAACACCACAGUUCAAGGCUCUGCUGCAGAUAUUGUGAAAACUGCUACUGUGAACAUUCAAAGAUCCUUGGAAGAAGUGUUUACUACCUCAGCAAAAUCACACAGACAUAUUAAAGGCCGGGUGAGCCAAGACUUGGGAGACAGAAGACUACAUCGAAUACUGGGACGGCCUCACAAAGGUGCCUAUUUCAUUCUACAGCUGCAUGAUGAACUCAUCUAUGAAGUUGUAGAAGAAGAUGUUAUUCAGGUAGCACAAAUUGUGAAGAAAGAAAUGGAAACUGCAGCAAAACUUUAUGUAAAACUCAAAGUAAAGGUCAAGGUUGGUCCAAGUUGGGGAAACCUUCAGGACUUGGAUGUCUAGGCCAGUUUUCUCAAAGGCAUGUGUAGAAGGAGCCCCUUCAAGUAUUAAAUACACCAAAAAGUCAGAAGCAGGGCUAAAGAAAAAUAUAUUUUCAGAACUAAGUCAUACAUUUGCACUUUAGUAUGUAGAAAUUCUAUACUGUGAAAGCAAAACUUGAAAUUUUUGCACUUCAAAUUUUUAACAUUAAUAUAUGAAAUAUUAUACAAUUUUAAUGUUUUUAAUUUAUUCGACUUUAGGAUAUGUUAAACUCAUCUGUGGCAGUUUAAGUGGUUAUCAGUGAGAUUGAAACAUUUGCUAAAAUGUUAAAUGAAUGUAUCAAAUCCUAAUAUGUACUUAAAUGACUGAAAAUAUUUUCAAUACAAUUUAAAAAUGGAAAAUUAACUUGAAUGUAUUAGAGUUAAUAGUAUUUGAUG